AUGGGGCGAUUAGUAUUUGAAUUGCUCUUAGCGCUGCUAAUUACAGGGCUAUCUCGAUUUAGUACAAUCAAAUACAAAUACCCAACCCCGGCACAUGACGCAAAUCAAUGUUCAGGCUACAGACUGACGUCAAUAUCCCCCACUGAUCAUGGUUUAAAUGGGUCGCUCGUACUCGCCGGUAAUUCAUGCAAUGUUUAUGGAAACGACAUUUCCAAUCUUGCAUUAGAAGUGACGUAUGAAACCGACGACAUACUGCACGUCAAAAUAUACGACGUUGAGGAACGUCAAUUCCAAGUUCCCGAUUACGUACUACCACGAAAGCGCUUCCAGGGAGCAAAAAAUCCAGCAUACGAAUUCAGUUAUACAGACAACACGUUCGGUUUUGUGGUAAAGAGGAAAAAUAAUGGGGAGGUGCUGUUCAAUAGCACAGGUGUGCAAAUGGUGUUCGAAGAUCAGUUUGUCAAAUUUGGCAGUCAAGUCCAUGACAUUAUGAAUGUUUAUGGGACACGUGACAUAGGCUCUCCAUUACGUGAAAACAUUUAUGGCGUUCAUCCAUUCUAUCUCGAUUUGCGCCGUUCAGGUCGCUCUCAUGGUGUUUUCCUACGUAAUAGCCAUGGAAUGGACGUAUUUCUCUCGUCAACGUCAAACACAUCCGAGAUCGAGUAUCGCGCUCUGGGUGGUGUUAUUGAUCUGUACUUUAUUCUUGGUGGUGAAGAUGGGAGUCCAAAGACAGUUAUAGAACAGUAUACCGAUAUAAUUGGUAAGCCACACAUGCCUAAUUAUUGGGCGUUAGGAUGGCAUCAAUGUCGGUGGGGAUACAAAACGAUUGAAAUGGUUAAGGAAGUCGUAGAGAACUACAAAAAGGCCGAAAUACCACUCGAGGUUAUGUGGACUGACAUCGACUAUAUGGAUCAAUACAGAGACUUUACGUUUCAUCCCAUCAACUUUCCCUUAUCCAAAGUGCAAUCAUUCCUUGCAGAACUUCAUUCUCAAAAUCAAAAGCACGUUCUUAUUGUUGAUCCAGCCAUCUAUAAUGGUGAUGAUUACGCCCCGUAUAAAGAAGGUGCCGACUUGGACGUGUUUAUCAAGAACCGUGAUGGAUCUAUAUACUACGGUCGUGUAUGGCCUGGAUAUACGGCGUUUCCUGAUUGGUUUGCUCCGAAUACUCAGUCAUGGUGGACUAGACAAUUUCAGAGAUUCUUGAAGGAUGUUCCGGUAGACGGAAUAUGGAUCGAUAUGAACGAGCCAGCGUCGUUCUGCUUUGGUUCGUGUGGAACUGGUCAUCCGCCUGGCGAGCCUCCGGGGGAUUCACCAGGUGACCCCGUGUUUGGCCCUGGUGUACCCGACUAUAAUUUACUUAAUCCACCGUAUAGUAUUCGUAAUGGAUCUCCAUACUUGUCUAGUAAGACAGUGGCUACCAACGCAACACAUUGGAACAACUACACCGAAUAUCAGACGCAUAAUCUAUAUGGACAUAUGGAAGGGAUAGCAACAUACAAGACACUAAUUACUAUCAAUCCGAAAACAAGGCCAUUUAUCCUGAGUAGAUCGACGUUCCCCGGGUCGGGAGCAUAUGUGGGACAUUGGUCAGGAGACAACUGGGCAUCAUGGCCGUACUUGUAUUAUUCUAUUCCGGGCAUACUGAACUUCCAGAUGUAUGGUAUUCCAUACGUUGGGGCCGAUGUAUGUGGAUUCAAUGAAAGUACAGAUGAAGAGUUAUGUAAUAGAUGGCAUUCGCUCGGUGCAUUCUAUCCUUUUGCCAGAAAUCACAACGCGCAUAAUACAAUAGCACAGGAACCAUACGUGUGGAAAUCAGUCACCGAAGCCACAAAAAAAGCAUUGCAUGUGAGAUACACCCUUCUUCCAUACUAUUACACUCUAUUCGCUGUUGCCCAUGAGAAGGGUACGCCUGUGUGGAGAGCACUAAUGUUUGAAUUCACUGAUGAUUACGAGACAUGGAACAUUGAUAAACAAUUUAUGAUUGGGCCAGCCGUAUUAGUGACUCCCGUUCUUGAGGCUGGACAUGUGGAUGUGGAAGGAUAUUUCCCAAAAGGAAUCUGGUAUGAUUGGUAUACUCAUGAUCCUAUUUAUGGGGCGAACUGGACAAAAGUCGAUGCUCCACUAGGUCAUAUUCCCGUUCAUAUUCGUGGUGGGAGUAUAAUAUUGACUCAGCGUCCUGCUUAUACUACUACCGAAUCAAGGGAGCAACCGUUUGAAUUGAUAGUUGCCUUGGAUGAGACUGGUCAUGCAAGUGGGGAAGCUUAUCUUGAUGACGGUGUAUCGUUAGAACCAGUCGAGUCAUUACGGAUAAGUUUUCGUAUUUGUGACAAAUGGCAAGUAGUAAUGACAUCAGUUGGAUCAUACAAACCUAAUGCUAAACUAGAGAAAUUAAUUAUUAUCGGCGUUGGAUUGGAUUUAGUUAUUGAUGACGUUCAUGUUGAUAUGGACAAGAAUGCAAUUAUUACCUUUUAG